AGCGGAGCUGUUGGUUUGUGCGAGCCGAGUUCUCUCGGGUGGCGGUCGGCUGCAGGAGAUCAUGGUGCUGAGCGAAGUGUGGACCACGCUGUCUGGGGUCUCCGGGGUUUGCCUAGCCUGCAGCUUGUUGUCGGCGGCGGUGGUCCUGCGAUGGACCGGGCGCCAGAAGGCCCGGGGCGCGGCGACCAGGGCGCGGCAGAAGCAGCGAGCCAGCCUGGAGACCAUGGACAAGGCGGUGCAGCGCUUCCGGCUGCAGAAUCCUGACCUGGACUCGGAGGCCUUGCUGACCCUGCCCCUACUCCAACUGGUACAGAAGUUACAGAGUGGAGAGCUGUCCCCAGAGGCUGUGUUCUUUACUUACCUGGGAAAGGCCUGGGAAGUGAACAAAGGGACCAACUGCGUGACCUCCUAUCUGACCGACUGUGAGACUCAGCUGUCCCAGGCCCCACGGCAGGGCCUGCUCUAUGGUGUCCCUGUGAGCCUCAAGGAAUGCUUCAGCUACAAGGGCCACGACUCCACACUGGGCUUGAGCCUGAAUGAGGGCAUGCCAUCGGAAUCUGACUGUGUGGUGGUGCAAGUGUUGAAGCUGCAGGGAGCUGUGCCCUUUGUGCAUACCAAUGUCCCCCAGUCCAUGUUAAGCUUUGACUGCAGUAACCCUCUCUUUGGCCAGACCAUGAACCCAUGGAAGUCCUCCAAGAGCCCAGGAGGUUCCUCAGGGGGUGAGGGGGCUCUCAUUGGAUCUGGAGGUUCCCCUCUGGGUUUAGGCACUGACAUUGGCGGCAGCAUCCGGUUCCCUUCUGCCUUCUGCGGCAUCUGUGGCCUCAAGCCUACUGGCAACCGCCUCAGCAAGAGUGGCCUGAAGGGCUGUGUCUAUGGACAGACGGCAGUGCAGCUUUCUCUUGGCCCCAUGGCCCGGGAUGUGGAGAGCCUGGCGCUAUGCCUGAAAGCUCUACUGUGUGAGCACUUGUUCACCUUGGACCCUACCGUGCCUCCCUUGCCCUUCAGAGAGGAGGUCUAUAGAAGUUCUAGACCCCUGCGUGUGGGGUACUAUGAGACUGACAACUAUACCAUGCCCAGCCCAGCUAUGAGGAGGGCUCUGAUAGAGACCAAGCAGAGACUUGAGGCUGCUGGCCACACGCUGAUUCCCUUCUUACCCAACAACAUACCCUACGCCCUGGAGGUCCUGUCUGCGGGCGGCCUGUUCAGUGACGGUGGCCGCAGUUUUCUCCAAAACUUCAAAGGUGACUUUGUGGAUCCCUGCUUGGGAGACCUGAUCUUAAUUCUGAGGCUGCCCAGCUGGUUUAAAAGACUGCUGAGCCUCCUGCUGAAGCCUCUGUUUCCUCGGCUGGCAGCCUUUCUCAACAGUAUGCGUCCUCGGUCAGCUGAAAAGCUGUGGAAACUGCAGCAUGAGAUUGAGAUGUAUCGCCAGUCUGUGAUUGCCCAGUGGAAAGCGAUGAACUUGGAUGUGCUGCUGACCCCCAUGUUGGGCCCUGCUCUGGAUUUGAACACACCGGGCAGAGCCACAGGGGCUAUCAGCUACACCGUUCUCUACAACUGCCUGGACUUCCCUGCGGGGGUGGUGCCUGUCACCACUGUGACCGCCGAGGACGAUGCCCAGAUGGAACUCUACAAAGGCUACUUUGGGGAUAUCUGGGACAUCAUCCUGAAGAAGGCCAUGAAAAAUAGUGUCGGUCUGCCUGUGGCUGUGCAGUGCGUGGCUCUGCCCUGGCAGGAAGAGCUGUGUCUGAGGUUCAUGCGGGAGGUGGAACAGCUGAUGACCCCUCAAAAGCAGCCAUCGUGAGGGUCGUUCAUCCGCCAGCUCUGGAGGACCUAAGGCCCAUGCGCUGUGCACUGUAGCCCCAUGUAUUCAGGAGCCACCACCCACGAGGGAACGCCCAGCACAGGGAAGAGGUGUCUACCUGCCCUCCCCUGGACUCCUGCAGCCACAACCAAGUCUGGACCUUCCUCCCCGUUAUGGUCUACUUUCCAUCCUGAUUCCCUGCUUUUUAUGGCAGCCAGCAGGAAUGACGUGGGCCAAGGAUCACCAACAUUCAAAAACAAUGCGUUUAUCUAUUUUCUGGGUAUCUCCAUUAGGGCCCUGGGAACCAGAGUGCUGGGAAGGCUGUCCAGACCCUCCAGAGCUGGCUGUAACCACAUCACUCUCCUGCUCCAAAGCCUCCCUAGUGCUGUCACCCACAAGAUAGACACAGGGACAUGUCCUUGGCACUUGACUCCUGUCCUUCCUUUCUUAUUCAGAUUGACCCCAGCCUUGAUGGACCCUGCCCCUGCACUUCCUUCCUCAGUCCACCUCUCUGCCGACACGCCCUUUUUAUGGCUCCUCUAUUUGUUGUGGAGACAAGGUUUCUCUCAGUAGCCCUGGCUGUCCAGGACCUCACUCUGUAGAUGAGGCUGGCUUUCAACUCACAAGGCUGCCUGCCUGGGUGCUGGGAUUAAAGGCGUAUGCCACCACAGCCUGGUCUGUUGGGUUAUCUUUUAGGGUCAUCUCUGUGACCCGUCUUCUACUUAUAUAUCCACAAAUCAGAACACUGGACCAGGGAAGAAGUUGUCACGCUGGAUACCUGCCAGGGAACACGUCUAGAGACAGCAGUGUCAUCCAUUUGAGCUUCCCAGCCAAAUAUGUCUCCAGUCUAUACUUGUUAGCUUGCCAGUAUUGGCCUGUCUUCCGAAGUCUCCUACAUGCGGUAACCUAGGAUACCUUAAGUGAGUGAUACCACUUGUAGUCUGGGCUCUAUCAUUGUAUGCCUAGCACCCAGCAUGGUCCCGGGCACUUAGUGGGCAGCCAGGGAAGGCUUGGAGGGAUGGCAGCUUUAUCCUAGCAAAUCCAUUUUGUCACGUCCUGAUUACUUCCUGUGUCACCCAUAAUAGGGAAUUUCCCAGGUUGUCUCUGACCUGCUUCCCUUAUCUAACCUACUUUCUUCACUUUGAUUCAUGGCCACAGGGACAAAUAUCUCCUCGUCUGUGAUCAACCUAGAACUUUCUUUUGGUCUAGAAAGCUGCAUGCAUCAACUUCCACCAACCCUGAGCUCCUCCACCCUUUCUUCGUCCAGCCCAUAAGCGCAUUAAGUUCCUCCCACACUAUGCUCAGGGUAACCAGACAGAAACAGUCCCUGCUUGAAUGGUUUUUUAUUCUACCAGCAACUGUGUAAUUACAUCUUGUGUCCCAAGUGCUAUAAAGCAGAAGUCCCUGGGUAUGUUGUCAUCAAGCAUGUGUGUCAGGGAGUGCUUCCUGUGCGAAGUGACGCGUAAGCUGGAAAGUGCAUGGUCAGUGGGAGCUAAGGAGUGAGUAUUUCAAGAAGGGCGGCGUUGAUGUAAGUGCUGCUGAUGUAAUGGGAUAAGGACAGGUGAAGGGAGGGAGAACUCCGCCUGCCAUCAUUGAAUUGAGGGCCCACUGUUUGCCAGACACUUUUCAAAAGGCUGCCGAGGUCCGUCCUUGCUUUUAGGGGACUCAUUUUCUAGACAGGGGCCAUGCAAAUUCGACCAUAAAUAAAAUAAUUUCUGCUGAUAA